UGAAGCUGUGACAGAAGGACGAACGAAGAUGGAGAAAGUGGCUGCACUGCUUGUUAUUUCACUGAUUUCUAUCAGUUCUGGGACCGAUGUACCGGCUUUAAUAUGGUCACCAAACAGACCAUUGUCUGACCUCCCGGAUGUGUUUGCUGGACAUGCUGUGAGCACAGCAGAUUUCCAGAAUAAAUAUCUGAGGCCACUGUCAUCUGGAGAUGUUACAGCUCUUGUGGUAUUCUUGCAGGAUAAGCUAAGUUUGGACGACUUUACUCACUAUGCAGAUGUUUACAAUCCAGACAGUAAUGGAGGUGCUUUCGAGAAUGUCAAAGAAUUUAUGGAUGAGCACUUUUCAGUGCAACUCCCACAGGUUAAGUCACCUUCAAAAGCUUUGGAAACCCUACAGAAAACCUAUAGUGGAAAAGUCCAGGAACUGGAGGCUCCCUAUGAUGUGAAUUCACUGUCACUGGUGCCAGAGAAAACCAACCUUAUUGUGGUACAUCUCCCUAAAACACAGACAGAUGCCCCUGCAAAAUCCAUUGUUCACAGUGAUAAAUUGAUUGCCAAAGUACUGUCUGGGUUGGCCAGACAUGAAGUGAAAUACACUGCAAUUUACACUGCUCAUUCUCCAUCUCAGGAGACUGCUGACCCUCUGACAUACAAGGGACGCCACCUCUUACAGGAGCCAACCCCACCCCCAGAACCUUCCGGCCCAGGCUACAAUGAGUCACUUUGGGUUAAUGACACACAAUGUGGAGCCCUGUAUGCCUUGGGACUACAGAUUGUGUACUAUGAAAAUGGGGCAAAAAAGAUGGCAAAUCUCGCUAAGAUUACUGACCGUAACUUCCAAUGUGGAAAUGCCUCAGAUCCUACUGGAAAUGAGUGGACUCUCAUGUUCGACAAGCCAGCUAAUGUAUCAAUUUCAAAUAUAACCUUGAGGUUGAACUUCACCAUUAAACCAAUGACCCAAAACAUGGACUGGUACAUAGCCAAUGCUGUACUAUCAUACACUGGGAAACUAUCACAGAAUGACUCUGGAGAUUCAACAGAGCUAGAGUUCAACGCCAUGGACAUUUGGGCACCAAGAGGAAUGUCCUACCACUGUGCUGUGCCUGAUCCUAUACGACAGCUAAACACUUCAAUGAGUAACGUAACGCUUCUUUUUAGAAAACUGCAGGUGCAGCCAUUUGACGUGAAGAAUGGUCGGUUUGGGCUACCUUGGGACUGUGUUGGUUUCUUCACAGCCCCAAUCUGGAUGGCACUCUUCAGCAUUAUAAUUCUGUUGAUUAUCCUGGCAUAUGGGCUCUGGAUGAUUCUCAGUAUCAAUGUCAUGGAUAGGUUUGAUGACUCAAAGGGAAAGACUAUAACUAUCAAUGCGCAAGAGUAGCCUGCCUUUAUUCAAACCUGCAUUCCAGUAGAGCUUCAGUUUCUCUCAAAGACUAUUUACUGAACAUUCCUACUCUUUUACAGAUUAUUGUGUUUUUCUUGUCCUUAGGUUUUGAGAUUGUGUGAACUAUUUAGCUAAGCAAGAGCAUGGUUGUAGCUAGUGGCUUUAAAAGAGUGAGUGUUCAUGUUAAUCUGAAUGUCAAACUCACAGCUAUCCUAAGAUUUAGGUUUUCAGUUACUCCAAAAAGUAAGAUCCCAGCAGUCUGCAAUGUGUCAAAAGAUUUAUUGCCACAGAAUGUGUACUGAGAGGGUUAAAAAGAUAAGAAAACAGAGAACAUUAAGAUAUGUAUUUUUAAGCUAUUCAAGUAUUUAGGAGCAUCUGUCCCUGUAAUAAUAGGUUAUGUAAGUCAUCCGCAAGUCAAAGGACUAAUAAACAAAGUAUUGAUAAUGAAGGUUGUCUGAAUAUUUCUGUGUAUUCCUCACUGAUGUACAUUUACCUCAAUUCUUCUUAUAUUUGGGACACCUGGUCUGCUCUGUUUAGCCAAUAUAAAUGUAAUUAUCGCAGGAAUAUUUAGUUCCUAUUUUUUCACAUGGCUAGUCCAUCUAAUGACCAACAUAUUCAUAUCUUUUCUUUUAAAAAAGUGGGAGAGAAAUGUAAUUUUUACUUUCAGCUCUGCUAAUGUGUGUCCUAAAAUUAGAAGAAAUCAGGUACUAUCAUUUGUGAUACUUAAUUUUGAACAAUCCCAGUGCUGUAACAAUCCUAGUUUUUGCCUAGAUUAAGAAUCUCAUUUACUGGACAGCUCAGUGUCCCCGAAAGCAGUUACCCUGUUCCUUACACUCGCUCACAUCACUGUCUCCAACAGCAGAUCACAGACAGAAAGCUUCAACAGCUUUCAGCCCAGCUGAUGUUACAAUGAAAUAAAUGCUUUCUGAGCACUGUGUAACUAUUGUGAAUGAUUUGUGUGUGUUACCUCUUUCAUCCAAAAUAAAACUAUGCUCAGCAUGAUUGGAACAGACACUCAAAUAAAAUUUAUAUAUUUACUGAUGAGGCUAAACAUGAACAGAACAAAAUGUGGUGCAAUGGUUCUAAAGUCAUGUCAGUUUAUGU